AUGUCGAUAAAGAAACACGGCCUAUACUGCUGUCUCAAGUCUACAAUUAAGGCAAGAUUUCGGCCUAAAAUCGACAACAACACUGUCAAACUAUGCAUGCACGAGUUCUACAACAAACGCUGCAAAACUUGCCAUGUUCCCGAGGCGAUUGUGAGAUUAGGCCUUGUAGAUGCCGGAUACCACUGCGAGGGAUGCAGGUGUUUGAGGCUAGUUGAAUAUACCUCAGACGAGGUACCCGAAUCGCGUAUUGGCGAAGAAAGGGCAGCCGUCCUGCUGAGAGACGAGCCAAAAGAUGUAUUGUCGUCCUCUUCUUCUUUGACCGUAGGAAAUGUGGAUGCAUCAGAGCCGUAUGACAUGUCCAUAAUCGCAGCGUAUGAAGACGACACCUGUAGCCUCCGGAGCACGGAAAGUAACGAUGUGUUAGAAGAGGCUGUUCCAGCCACUGCUGUACACAUGACAACGAUGAUGCCCACCGAAAUCCAUAUCCGCUAUUCCCUUGAGAAAAAGGAUGAUAUCCAGGCUCUGAUUCAUGGAGCCAUAAAGGGGGAUGCAGAGUACCAGACCAAGCUUCUAAGAUUAUAUGGCGAAAUUUCGGCAUCAGAUGCGCCAUGUACCUUGCCCUGGAGUAGCUCACAGCGCAGUCUCAUCCGCAAAGCGCGACUUAUCAUGGGCCUUGAAAUCCAGAGGGCUGCUGGGCGGAUAACAGUCGAUGCCUUGGACAAGAUAUCGACGCAGUUGUUUUGUCAUGACAAUGAAGAGGCCGCCAUGGGCAUGGAGGAGUUUGCAGCUUAUAGCCGUGGUUUGUCCGACCGAGGUGAGAUGUCUGGGGGGCGUGCAAAGCAAAUUAUCAUGCUUGCUUUUGACGGAGAGUCGGAUUUGGUUUGA